AUGAGGGCGGCGAACGGCCCGCAGCCGGCGGGGGAAGCCGAGGAGACGGGCAGCGAUGGCCGCGGCGCGGCGGCGAGCGGCCCGCAGCCGGCGGGGGAAGCCGAGGAGACGGGCAGCGAUAGCCGCGGCGAGGCGGCGAGAGGCGGGCAGCCCUUUUUGCUAACAGGGAAGAAAUUUGUGUAUGUUGAGCCAUCUAGGAGAGUUAAAGAAAUCCUUCAAGAAGAGCUUUAUUUUCAGAAAGAAGAAUACAGCAUUAAACAUCCAGCUGCAGUGUCUCUGGAAGGAAUUUGGAGUCUGAAAAAGAAUUUCUCCAUCGGAGGCCUGAAACCAGCAUCCCAGAACAGAAAUGGUUUGCUCUUACAGCCUCAGUUCUACUCGAGGCAUGCAGCAAUGAGAAGUAAGAGUCAACAAUAAGAAACUUUCGCUGUAACACCUCACUUUAAAGUUGCAGGAUAAUAUGAUUUGGUAAUUCAUAGAUAUCUCACUGGACUGCAGAUCUAUUUUGUUCAAUGUUAUUCUUCCAUCAAAUCACCUAUAUGGCCUUAGAGUAAUCACAGCUGGGCA